AUGAACGUCACAAACAUGAAAAAUGGAGUGAACGUGUCUUCCAACGGGAGCAUGAGCAUGCUAACCAUACCCCAACCCCUUAACAACGCCAUCAACAUCUUCACCAUUAUCAUCCUCUUCAUCACCAUGAUAUCCCUCGGCUGCACUAUGGAGAUUUCCAAAAUCAAGAACCAUCUGCUCAGGCCAAAGGGAGUGGCCAUCGCCAUGGUGACCCAGUUCGGCAUCAUGCCGCUGACUGCCUUUGCGCUUGCCAAAUCACUGCGGAUGGAUUCUGUUAAGGCCGUGACCGUGCUCAUAUGUGGCUGCUGUCCUGGAGGAAACCUAUCAAACAUCUUCACCUUGGCCCUAAAAGGGGAUAUGAACCUCAGUAUUGUGAUGACCACGUGCUCCUGCGUUGCGGCACUGGGUUUGAUGCCCCUACUGCUUUUGAUCUACUGCCAAGGCUUCACCGGCCUGGAGAACGCAGUGCCCUACGUGGGCAUCCUCAGCGCUCUCGCCUUCACUCUGGUCCCCUGCGGCAUGGGCAUUGUGCUUAAUCACUACAAACCAAAUUAUACACCGAUGGUCCUAAAAUCUGGCCUGAGUAUCCUGAUCAUCUCCAGCAUCAUUGUGUUCUCCUUGUCUGGCGUGGCGGUCAAAGACAUGGUAUGGAUGAUCUUGACUGCUGAUGUUAUUGCCGUGGCGGCUCUGAUGCCCCUCAUUGGCUUUAUACUGGGAUACGUCAUGUCUGCCGUAUGCAGACUCAGCCCAAAAUGCAGCAGGACGGUCUCUGUGGAAACAGGGUGUCAGAACAUCCAGCUGUGUGUGACCAUCUUGAAGGUGGCCUUUCCCCCAGAGGUCAUCGGGCCAAUGUUCCUCUUCCCUCUGCUGUACUACACAUUCCAGUGUGCUGAGGCUCUUCUCCUGACCGUGUGCUUCAGAUGUUAUCAAAUGGCCAAGUCUCCAGCUGAGGAAACGACAAUAUACACGAACGUCAACGUAAAACAUGAGGAAGUGAAACCACCUCAAUGUCUGAGAAGCUCGGAGGAAAAUAAGCCAACAUGA